UGAGUCGAAUCAACGCAGUAGAAGCAGCAGCUCGUUCAGCCACAGCCGCCUAGUUUUGUAUAGAGCCAACCGCCCUAGCGUCAACAGAGUGGAGCUACAUUUUUGUACCCCGUUUGAAAAUCUGUCUCUAUCGGUGUUUUAAUUGAAAAGUUUAAUAAAACGCAGAUUUUUCUUUAUUUCGACAGUGAAAUCGAAAAUUCUCCUGUCAUAUUGAGGCCCGGUACAGCACCGUGUAAUUAUUGAGUUUGUGAUUUUCAUCUGUGUCCCUAUAUCAGUGCUUUCAUUAGUCGAUUCAAGCCUGCCGAAAAACCGGAUUUUUUCCUUCAGAACGGGGUAAGCGGAUUGCUUCGAUCAGAAAAAAAAGUCAGGAGUAACCGAGGGAUAUUCGCAUUUGGAUACAAUUUUAUGUGAAACAGGUGCUGUGUGAAAAGCGACAGUGAUUGGCAAGGAUUUUCGAAUCUGACCUGAAAACCUCAAGUGAUUUCCGGCUAUUUAAAACAGGCCGAAGGUGAAAAAAAUAGUGAACAAAAGUGCGAAUAUUAUAUAGCGUGGUGUGCGUGAUUUUUUUCUGCCAGAUUAUUUCUAACCAGAAACCCUACAAAGAAUCCAGAAGAAAAUGGCAACAGAAGUCGAGAACAAACCUCUGACAACCGAGGAAGAGAAGAAAACCGAACAACCAGCAGCCGGGGCGGAGAAAAAGGAAGAUGGUGCUGCCGCCGUAACGGUCAGCGCAGAGGGCGAUAAAAAGAUUGCCGAUGGUGAGAAAGCCGUCACAGAAAAUCACGCUGCCGAAGUAGGUGCAGGUGAUGCCGCGGCCACAUCCGGCACGGACCAAGCAGCCGCUGCACCGGCCAAAAAGGAGAAAGAAGUAAAGCCAACGGUCCACAAGGCAAACUUCGAAAAAGAUGUCGUGUAUCUGUACCAAUUUACCAGGACCCCACUGCUGCCAUCCAUGUCACCGUACUGUCUCAAGGUAGAGACAUGGCUGCGACUGGCUGGGCUUAAGUACGAGAACAUUGACCAUAAACUGAAGCUGCGUUCCAAGAAAGGACAACUGCCAUUCGUCGAAGUGAACGGAGAGGAAAUCGCCGACUCGGCCAUCAUCAUUAAGGAGCUGGCCCAGCGCUACGAGAAGGACCUGGAUGCAGCUCUGACUCAGGAGCAGCGCAAUAUUGCCCACGCUAUGAUUUCCAUGAUCGAAAACCAUCUUAUUUGGGUGUUGCUGUUCUGGCGUAGCAAGAAUCCUGAGCAAAUGAUUAAGGGUUACAAGGUCAACCUGCAGCACGCCCUUGGCAGCCGUUUGCCAAACCCUGUGCUUAAUUUCUUCUUCAAGUUCCAAUUCGGACGCAAGUAUUUACAGGGAUCCAAAAAGGUGAAAGCGCAGGGCCUCGGUGUACACAAGCCCGAGGAAAUCGAGGAAUUCGGAAAACUGGAUCUGAAGGUGCUGUCCGAACUGUUGGCAGACAAACCAUUCUUCUUUGGUGAUGAGCCAACCACUCUCGAUUGUGUCGCUUUCUCCGUGCUUGCCCAAAUUCACUACAUUUCGGACGAGGUGAAAUACGCCGUCAAGGAAUACAUGCAAGAGAACUGCCCGAAUCUGGUUGGGCACGUAUCGCGAAUCAAGGAGCGCUGCUUCCCCGAUUGGGACGAAAUUUGCGCCAAACUGGACCUGAACGCGCAUCUACCCAAACCAGAGCCGGAGGCUAAGGAAAAUAAGGAAGGCGCUGACACUGAAAAGACAGCUGAACAGGACAAGAAUGAGUCCGAGAAGGAACUCGAAAAGGAUAAUUCCAACGAGAAAACGGAAAAGAAGGAGGAAAAAUCAGAAAAGGCAGCGGUGGAAGAAAACAAAGAGAAAGAAGAAGCUGCCGCUAAAUAAGCAGCUGCAGCAGUCGAGAGAAAAUGAUGUAUUCAGUUCUCUUUUUUAACUAUUGGCUAAUUAUUUUCUAUCUAUUUCUUGCAAUUUAUUUUACAAUAGUUGACCACUCCAUUAGUGUUUUUCCAAGUAUGUGUUAAUAAGUCGGAAGCGAGUGAGCGAACUUGCUGAUGAGAGAGAGAAAAAUCUAGAGCGAGAAUGAGUUAGGUAGGGAGCAUUUUUCGUACGGUGUUAGUAGCAUCUAUUCUACUAUUCGUUUUUACGUGUACGGAGCGAGCGAAAGAUAUAAAAAAACAUAUUAACGAAAAUAUUUACUAUUGUUUACUUUUUAUAUAUGUUAUAAAAAGCAAGGAAGCAGAAGUUGAAAAAAUAUCGGAUUCGUAAAUCAUCAAUGCGUUCGAUGGUAACGUUACGAAUUCCAAGAAGAGAAUGAGAAUAUCCAACGAUGAAGAGCGAAGACUCAAAGAAGUAGAUGCUCGUAGUGUGUUUUAAUAUUAGUAGAAAAUUUACUAGCAACAAAACUUUAGCUGAAUGACCAGGAAGAAAAGCCAGACGAAUAAAUUGGAAAGACCAUGUAAAAUGUUCACUGCUUAAGCUGUUCUACGUUUAAAAUUUCAGUUUAUCCUUUAGUUUCUAGUUUUUAGAUAGUUUUUACGACAAUUACUACAAUAAUACUCAGAAAACAUAAAACUGGAGAAAGCCAAUUUUAGGUCCUUUUUUGUCGCCGAGCUGAAAUGCACACUCUGGAAUUGUCCGACAAACAAAAGCGUAGAUGAACGGUGACAUUGGAAAAAACCAUGUUUUGUUCGUUUAUCCUGCACAAUAUAUAAGCAACCGUCUUUUGUAGUAAUACAACCUAAAUAAUAUAUGUAAUAAUUGUUUAUUAUUACAAAUAUAUAUAUUUUAUAUAUAUAUAUAUCAUUUCGUAUAUAUUUAUAGUAUUUUAUAUAAAUUUUAUGUAUAGUACGGCCUUUCUUUCUCUUUACAAUAGUUUAAGUGUAAUACAAAGCAAAUAGAAGAAAUCAUUGUCGUUUUCCAAAUUUGUGUUGUGUACAAAAUUUUGUGUGGUGAAGAAAUUUUUCUCACAUUCUUCGCGAGGCGUUUUUAUUCUUCAGAUUGAAGCUAAAGAGUAAAAACCGGACGGAAGAAAAUUUUCUUCAAAAAAAAGUUUUUGUUUUGGACAUUUCCACGUAUGUUUUAGGAUUUUUUUUAUAGACGAAGGCAAGAUAACGAAACCGGUUGCAAUUUAUAUACACAGUGAAACUAAAAUCAAGAAAAUGGAAUCUCGUCCCAUGCUAAUCAAUAGAUUUUUUUCUUCUUAUUUUAAAAAUAGAUUAUUUUCAGUUUCUCCCUUCUUCUUUGUAUCUGACGUUCUUCAUCAAUUUCCGUCUCUUACUUGUUCAAACGAAGAACUCCGAUGAGCGUACAAUAGUUUAAAGUUGCAGUACUUUUCACAUCUACUAGUAUCUUAUGCAAAGCAUGUGAAGUUUUUUAGGCAUAAAACUAACAUUCAAUAAACAGUAAACCAAUCUUCAUAACGCAUACGAUUCGCCACAUAUACAAUAAAGAAAUAGUAUCUUCGUUUAAUUAGAUUUAAACGCCCUCAUGAAUAAAGAAUAAAACAGUGAUAAUAAAAAAACGGA